AUGUUCUCCUCCCUCACCAACAUCACAGACUUCGCCUCCGCCUUCCACAAAGGCACGAAACACUUCUUCACCUCCCGAACCCUCGGCCCAGGCGGCAGCGGCAUCUACGGCCCCGCGUCCUACCUCGUCCACCCCACGCUCCCGAACCACACCAUCUACACACCCCACCCGAGCGCCCUGGCCCAGGAUGAGAAACUCCCUGUGCUCGUGUGGGCGAACGGCAUGGGGCUGGCCUGGGGUUUGAUGUUUGGCUGUUUCCUGCGGGAGAUUGCCUCGCAUGGGUAUGUUGUGAUUGCCAACGGCGGGCCUGGGGACGAGGGGACGUGGUCUGGCCUGGGGAGGCUGCAGCAGGUGGACGAGGGGGCCAUGUCGCAUGUGGACGGGUCGCGGAUUGCGCUGGCGGGGCAGAGCAAAGGAGCCAUCGAUGCGUAUGCCGCGGCAGCAGUGCUGAGGGCGAAAGCCAAGGCGGAGGGGGCUACAGACAGGGUGAAGACGGUCGGCGUGUUCAACUCGGGGUUGAUCUUUCGGCCGGCGGACAAGGUGGAGCAGGUCAAAGGGUUGACGGUGCCGGUGUUUUUCUUCAUCGGCGGUCCUGCGGAUCUGGCGCAUCGGAAUGCCGAGAUGGACUGGGACUUAUUGCCUGGGGAUUUGCCAGCUUGGAUGGGGAAUCUAGAUGUUGGUCAUAUGGGUACGUUUUAUGAUGAGGAUGAGAAGGGAGGCACAUUUGGGCGGGCUGCAGUGGACUGGUUGGAUUUUGUGUUGAAGGGGGAUGAGGGCGCUAGGAAGAGGAUGGUGGAGGAGUAUAGGCAUGGAGGAUGGAAGGUCAGAUCGCAGAAUCUGUGA